AUGAGCGGCAAGGAGAACGCAACGACGUCCAAGGACCAGCCCAAUGAACAGGGUUACGUUCCCCACAAACCCUUCACUCCGGAAUUCGUCAAGAUCAAUGACGAGGAGGACGAAGCUUGGCGCAAAACAAAGCACAAACUCGAGGAAGUCCACCAGCAAGCCAUGAAGGUGUUUGUCACCUUUACAGAAGAAUUGAUCACGUACGGCAAUAAGUGGGAAGAGACGCUCAAAACCCUACAAGCCAACUCGUUGGAUGGGUGGUCGAUCAGAGUAACCCCGAUGAGAACUCACCCAUGGUACGACGCGAACUUCAAGGACAGAAUCCAGCUCGACAGCGCUGAGAAUGCCGAUUUUCUUCCAAGAAACUCCUCGCCGGAGCCCGACCCAUUUCGGGUUCCUCGAACAAGAGAGAACCCAUGGGGCAAUCCGUGGUUUGAGGUUCAUCACCUCCAUCCUGGCACCCUUGUUCCCGAUUAUGCCGCCAAAGUUGCCGCCGCUCGCGCCGCACUCCGCGCGAAGGACCCGAAAAACAUUGCCUAUUGGGAAGUCGACGAGGAGCCCACCGUCAAGGCAACCGCUUCCUCCAUUCCCACACUCAAACGCCUCAGCACACGUCCAAACCUGCCAUCAGCUGCCCCGGCAGCCACAACCUCAAACCCACAACAGCCCACCGAGCUUACCUCUACUACGGCUCCUGCUCAAACCGCUCGCUCCCUUCGUGCCCAGGCCAGAGCUGGACAACGCGAUCCUAGCCCCGCUACCGACGGUACCAACCCUACAACACGCGCUCGUUCUCGCUCUUCUUCCCCCGAACCAUUCCAUCGUUCCCGCAAGCGACUCACAGCCAAAGAGAAGGGCAAAGGAAAGGCCACGGACAUUGCCGAGGACAACGUCGCCCCCGCCGCCACCUCGUACGCAUCUGCCUCCGGCUCCAGAGCCUUGUCUCCCAAGAAAGACAAAGGAAAAGGUAAAGCCGAAACCGCCUCACCCGGUCCAUCCACCUUUUCCUCCUCUGCCGUCGCAGCCACUGCCCCCGUCAACAACAACAAACCAAACAAAAUUACCAACGUGCCACAAUCAAGCGCUCCCAAGUCAAAAAAGGGCAAGUACUGGGCUUUCAAGGCGGAACAACAUCUUCUCGCUGCUGCUGGUUUCGGUACCUCCAAAUCUGGCAAGAAGAACGACGACGACGAUGACCACGACAGCGACGACACUGGCCGUGAUGCUGACGAGGGGAGCAACAACGACAACAGCAACAAGUUCUUUGCCCUCGCUUGCCCUGCCCCUGAGCUGCUCGGAGUCUGUCUGGCCGAUACCCCAAACUUCGACAGGCAUCCGUUCAAGAGAAACAGAGCGGUGGAGCACUUUGUGGAGUGUGGUGUUGAGGUAGAGGGAGAGGAAGAGAUAUUUGCGAGGUUUGCUAUGGAAGUUGUCCAAGAUACUGCCCGCUGGCCUGUCAACGAUGAAUGGGCAAGGAAACAUAACCAGGGGCUGAUUGGGAAGAGGGACAGAGAUGGGGAUGUGGCUAUGGAGGAUUUGGAGUGAUUGCUACUGAUCGAAUGAGAGGGAGUGAUGUUAUGGUCGAGUGACUGUUGAAGGCUUGGAGAGAACACAGGAGAAGGGGAUCGCUACAUCCAGUGCUGGACAUGGAUGAUGGUGACACUCUCCAGCCAGUUCUUGGAGGUGACGAAGCUUGUCACACUUUACAUUAUGACAAAAGAGGAUGUAUAGAGGUCAGGAGCAGGUUCUCAGGGAAAAAGGAGUCAUGGAGAAUCGAAGGAGUCAUGG